AUGAAUGAAUUGGCACUGACUUCGUAUUUGUCGUGUCUAAAAGUUUUAUUUGAUUUGGCGCAUGAUUUCCCCGAAUGCCCGGAUUCGAUCUACGAUCUUCACAGCAUCAUUCAGAUGAAUCCGCAUUUUUUCUCCGAAAAAGAUGGACUUUUUGCCACUUGGAAGAGUAUCUGGGCAACGUGGAGCCCUGAGGAGAUGGCAUCUGCACUGCUGAAAUUGUGGAAUCCGCUUCGACCGCUCGGAAACUGUUUUACUACAGAAGCGCAGGUUUUACAAUAA